CGCCAGCAUGUUGCUCUGUUUCUCCCUCAAAGGAGGGUCAGAUCUGUGGGUUUCCCCAUGGUUUCUAAGAUCACUGGCCCUGGGCUGCUCAGCUGCAGGAGGAAGUGCAAAAAUGAGCCAUACUGCGCCUACAGCAGCUUCAUCUGUCCCAGUCAAUAGGGAGAGCAAAGGUCAUGCUGGCGGCUUUUCUGCCGAGCUGCGAAACUCACUGAUGGCAAACUUUGCACAAAGGAGCUCCAAAGAGCCGGCUGGAGGCUGUGCUGAGAGACACGGAAGGAACACACUGGCAGAAGGAGGAGCCCAGAGGACAACGGCAAGGUGCCCAAAGUGGCUCCUAUGGGGUGAGGCCAAAGUCCAAGGAGAAGAGCAGCGACCCCUGGCCGGCAGGUGCAUUUGGAAAGUUUAGUGAAAGAAACAGAAAAUGAAAUUCAGCACUUUCACAGAAAGGCAUUUCUGGCAUUUAAGCGGGAAAGAGCCAUUUUUGGACUAAAGUCGAAAAACUGAAACCAACACUCAUGUCUGACUGAACCAGGAAGCCCUGCAUUUCGAGAGCCUCCCUUCUUAUUGACCAGGAAAGUGAAGCAUCAAAAAUGCAGCUCUGCAAGAAACAGAAGAGGCUUUAAACGAUAGAUGUAGGAAGCCUUGGAAACUUUUGGGAAGCAACAUUUCUGUACCUUGGCAGAGGCAACAUGGCAGAGAAGCGAAAGGAAGAAAGCUUGCAAGAGGGGCAGCUUAAAAUGUCCAAUGAUUUAGCACAAGAAGCAGCUUUCAAGGCUCAGAUGAAGGACACGGUUGGUAGCCAAUCCCCCAGUCCCAGCAUCCGAGCUGGGAGCUUGAUUCUCCAUCGUGGACAGUUGUCCAAUUUCAAUAGAAGCCUGAGUAGGGCCAGCAGACGUUCAGGCAACUGGACAGCAGGGAUGGACACAGCUAGGCUCUCAAUGGGCUGGGGAAGCACCAGGAGGAAAGGACUCAAGGAGAUCCUCCUGCAGACCAGUCAAGUCAAACCCACAUGGCUUACCGCUUCCCAGAGGGACAGCAUCUCUGUUGAUGUUCCAGAAGAUCAGGGACAUCUGGAUGUCAACUCAGAGGAUUUGUCCUUAGCUCUGGACCCUCUGGAACAUGAGUGGAUGCUGACAGUAGCCCAAGGAGAUGCUGAGAACAUCCUUAACUUGCUUGCCAAGGAUCCCAGUUUGCUCUCCAGGAGAGACUUUGUGACUGGCUUUACUGUUCUCCACUGGCUGGCUAAACAUGGUCGCCACGAAGACCUAAUUGAAGUGAUCACCUUUGCCGAGAAGAAUCACUACCCAAUUGACAUCAACAUGUUCACAGCCAGUGGUCGGCUCACCCCUUUGCAUCUGGCUGCCCUUCAGGGCCAUGAGAUGGUCAUCAAAGUGCUGGUGGGAGCCUAUGGGGCCAAUACUAGCCUUCGGGACCACAAUGGACGCAAAGCAUGGCAGUACCUCCAAGCAGAUGCUUCCAGAGAGUUGAAGGAGCUCUCAGGUGCUAGCGAGGAAGACUUGGCUGUAGAAGGUGGAGGAAACACUAACAACAACUGCGCUCCAUCAAAACGAAGUGGCAUCAUCAAUGUUUUGAAAGGGGACUAUAAGGAAGCCAGUGGUGGAAGACAAAGCCAGAGGGCUUCCACAGGAUUGUCUUAUUUCAGGAACAUGUUCAGACAAGCUGUUGCGUUCUUCCAGGAGUUUUAGAAGUUUGCUCAGUGGCUGAAGUGGUUUGAUCUGUUACCUGUGAGUGAAUUCUAACACCAGUCAUCCUGACACGGUGGAUAGAAAGAGGUAGGCAGCCCAGGAGUUGUCCAAUGUUGCUAGAGAUUGCCUCCAAAUUGUUGGCUCAAGCAAACUUGCCCAGGCCUGUCUUUUGGCCACAGGUAGAACUCAGGGGCCUACAGUUCCAAGAAAACAGCUAGAUGGUGUUGAUGUGGCUAAGGCUGUGAACUGGAAGAAGUCUACCAUAUCACUUUGCUUCGUAGAAGGAAGUGUGCAGGUAGGAUUGUUUAUACACUGCAAUUAAAAAGUUUGAAAUUCUGCCCUGGAGGGGAAAAAUUGCAACUCAUGUAUGUUACACUUAAGCAGGAUGCUUUGCGUGCGCACACACGCACACACUCAUUCUCCUUUUUUACACAAUUUAUUCUGAUUUGACUAUGAUUGCAAAGUGUGAGUAUGCCAUAUUGAGCAGUAAAGCUUAACCCCUGGUAAUGUUCAGACAUUAGUCUGGUUUUGGCGAGUUUGGCAGAUACUGCGCAUGAACACACACUUUCAAAUACAUAUUUAGAGCUAUGAAGACUAGAUGUUUGGUAGUGUGAUUCUCAGGGACACAGAAUUCUGUAUCUACUGCAACUUCAAUGGGGGUAGACAUAGUAUUUAAAUCCAGGGUGGAGGUGGCUUCAACCUUGCACAGUCUACUCUCUUUCAUGAAUUCUCAUGAUAGGUAAAGAGGUAUUGUCACCAAUUCCUGGGUGACCCAACCAGUUACUCCUUACUACAAGAUAAUUCACACCUUUCUUUUUUCUUGGAUGAAGUUAUGAAAGUAUUAACUAGUCUGGGUUAUGAAGGAGGAAAUAAAAAUAAUGUCAACACUCCAUGUUCAAAGGUUUCUCAAUACCAUGGGAACCUUUGCAGUUUCAAAUAAAGAAUCCUGAUGGUGCA